AGGUAUUAUUAUUUUCCCACAGCUAUGAUGACAUUUUAGGCAGGCAGCCAGUGCCAGUGAGUUCAUUCACAACGCAAACAUUGAGCUGGAUAGUAGCUAGACGCAGCAGGUGGCCUUCUCGGGUCAAUUUACUCAUUAAGAUAUGGAUACACUGAACAAGUUCACAGCUCCUGCAAGUGCAAAACUUCGACAGCUUCAGAAGAUGGUCCAGGAUAUCAAGAAGAAUGAUGGCAGCAUCCUAAACAGGCUGAGAAGAUUUCAAAACAAGUCAUCUCCAAAACUACCCGUAAAAGACUAUCAUGGUAAUGACGUGGAGGAAGAACAGUGGUCUGAAAAAGAGUUUGACAGUGACACUUGUGAGUUCCCUCAAGAGGAGAAGGAUGACAGCUAUGAGCCUCCUCCCUGUCAGAGAGUCUUCCUCUCCACUUCAUCUGCCUCCUUUCCCAGGGGGGAAUACAUAGACAGAUGCCGCAGCAGGCCGGCAAGCCCCUCCCCCAGGAAGCCCGUCUGGCCUCAAAAGACCACCAAACCAUCACCGUCACCAUCACUGCCCCCCAAACCCAACCAGCAGGACUAUGAUGAAGAAGACUACGUCAACCCAGAAAGUGACGAUGAAGACAACUAUAUAAACCCCACAGAGGAAUCACCUGCUAACCAUCUGAUGCAUAGAAGAGGCAAACCAAUAAGGAGCAGUCCUUCAAUGUCCAAGACUGUUCCAGAGCGCUCAAAUAGCCCAGAUGUGUAUGAAGUCCCUGACAUGGAGGAAAACUCUCCUCCCCCAGUGAGCAGACCUUCCACACUCCUCAGUGUCCCUAGACAGAGUUUGCCCCCUAGAGCCAGCCCAAGAAUGCACAUGAAGAGUUGUCAUCCAAUCCCAGUCCAGGAGCCCAUAGAUGAUGCUGAAUAUGAAGCCUGCAAUCCAGAAUUAACUGGCAGUACAGCGUCUGGGCAAAAGCCCCUGCCUGCACUUCCCAAACCAAUACCCAGAGAGACGAAGCCAUUGAAGCCAUAUUUUAGACCGAGGCCAGAUAUUGCAUCCGGGGGAAAUGAAGGCACAGCACUGGCCACGAGGCACAUUAACCAGAAAAUCACAGCCACACCCCAGCCCUCUGAAUACAAGUGUGCCAAGAUUCCUCUGCCACAGAUGUUUACCUCUCACAAACCUGAUAGAGGAACUGUACCCACAGAUGAAAAAGGGUUAACAGAUGCUGAAGAGGGGACAGAUGUCUUGAAGAAACCCUGGUAUGCCAGCACCUGUGACCGUAAGACAGCUGAGGAUGCCUUGGUUCGCUCAAAUAAGGAUGGGUCCUUCCUCAUAAGGAAGAGCUCUGGUCAGGACACACAGCAGCCAUACACUUUAGUGGUGUUUUACAACAGUAGAGUCUACAACAUCCCAGUGCGCUACAUCCAAGCAUCGCAGCGAUACGCACUCGGGAGGGAGAAGAAAGGAGAGGAGCGUUUCACCAGUGUUUCCCACAUCAUUGAGAACCAUCAGAGGAACCCCUUGGUACUGAUUGACAGCCAGAGUAACUCCAAGGACUCUACCAAACUGUGCUAUGCUGUGAAUCCUUAGGCCUCACUAGAUCCUAACUAGUCCUAUGGAUCAUCAGGGAUUUAAGGUUCGGACUUGGGAGUCACAUUCCAAAUCAGUGCGUCUAGUGUAAGACCUGUGUGCAAGUCAUCAGGCAAUUUGAUGCUGCUCUCAGUUUGAAAUUACUGACCAUCUGUUCAGGGUUUGUGACAAAUAGUUGGAUUAGUCUAGUCACAUUCACCCAGUCAUGGCUAUCCAAGCAAGACCAGAAUGAAAUUGACUUACUGUAAUGUGCUAGUCUCUCUAGACAGACGGGUUGCUUUUGGCAAUGUACCAAUGCUCCAGUUUAACACGUCUGUACGUCAUAUAACGUCAGUUGGACAUAGAGGAACUACAUCACUGCCUUCUCUCCCUGCCAACAUCCCCCAGCCACAAAAUAGAGGCUAUCAAGAUGAAGAUCACAGAGGUUAUUUUUAAUGAGUGCAUUUGGUAAUUGGCUAGAUUGCAUCAACUACCUUCACUAAAACCACUGCAAAGGUUUUGCCUGCAAACUUUGAAUCGUGAUUUGAUGGGAGAGGUGAAAAAAACAAUUUUUUCCCCUCUUUUCGAAAUGUACUAAGUCAGUCCGUCAUGAUUACCGGACCCUAGUCAAUGCUGUUGCCUAGGGUCAUGUUUCCGGGACUGGUACUGUGCCAAUUCAGUAAAAUAGUUCAUGUGUGUACAUUUUCAAACGUGUGUUGAACAUUUUGCAUUCUAUGGGGUCUUUUCUACCAACCAAACAUGGCCCCUCGAAUAGUGCCAUGAUGUAUUCUUAAAGAGUAAAAUAUUGUAGAAAUAUUAUAAAUAGAAAGUAACUACAGUAAGUGUGAAUGGUGUAUGAUGCUGGAAAGCAACACCAAUAGAACAAAAAAAUAUCUGCAGCAUUGAGUUUUCUACUAUAUUCUUUAGUUGUGUUCAUUAACUCAAAAUGAUUGAUAUACCUUUCCUUUCUUAAUUGUGUUACCCAACUUACAUAUUCAAUAAUCACACAUAUAUUGUCAAACUAUUUGUAUUUAUUGAUCUGUACAACACAUAAUGCUACCAGGUGUGUAUCAAGAUAAAUACAUAUUCAUUGUGUAAAGGUCAGGCACUUGGAAAAAAACAAAUAUUUCUUAAGUCAAAAUUGACUACUACACUAUUCCAAACCAGGUACGUCCUAUAAUUCAUCCAUGCCAGAGAGAGAGAGAGAAAGAGCUGCCUAGAGGGGCUGUUGAACAUACGCGCCAUUACAAUGAUGCACUGUGAUUGUGAUGUGGAGAGACACUUUGACAAUUAUCUGUUUAAAUGCAGAAAUACAUGGUGGAUGACUAAUGCUGAUGUGUGCAAGCAGAAAGGGUAUGGUCAGAAAGAUGUGCUAUGUGUAUUUAUGAUGUGGGUCCAUUUGACCAAUGGUCCUGUGCUGACUAACUAAAAGUAUCCCUUUUCAUGGACACUUUCAGAACAUAAAGAAACAUACAGUAACAUGCAUAUCAAUAUUGUCAUAAGCUUCAUAAAGUGAGAUAAUGGGAAGAAAUAGUCACUGUCUGUUCAUAAUCCUAUUAAAAAACAUAAUUUCAAGUCACAAUAGGAAUUUCUUUCAGAAAAACAAUAUUUUGCAUGUAAAACCAGCAUUGUUAGGCUAUAUGCAGACAUGCCAUCAGUCAUCCUAUAACCUACUAUGGAUUUUGUUCAAUUAUAAAAAGGUGAAUACUUUGGACUACUCCUGCUACUAGUGCAGGACUAACUUAACAAAAUGUGCCCCACAUAUGGAUACUACUAUAUUCGAAACCAUUAAUAUUUUUGGUACAUACUGUACUGUAUGCAUUCAAACAAAAACAUUCCCUAUUUUCUAUGGGCCUUAACAGGGAUU